AUGGGAAGCAGCCAAGCCGCAGUCUCCAUCCUAACAAACCUCGCCCGCGCCGCUAUCGGCUUCGGCGUUGGAACCACCGUUCUCAAUUCCUCCCUCUACACGGUCGAUGGUGGCCAACGCGCCGUCCUCUUCGACCGUUUCCGCGGCAUCCUCGACGAAUCAAUCGGCGAGGGAACUCAUUUCCUCAUCCCAUGGGUUCAAAAACCAUACAUUUUCGAUAUCAAAACUCGUCCCCACACAUUCUCGUCAAUCUCCGGUACCAAAGAUCUUCAAAUGGUUAACCUAACUCUCAGAGUCCUCUCUCGUCCCGACACCGGAAAACUCCCUGUCAUAGUUCAAAACCUCGGUCUCGAAUACGACGAGAAAGUUCUCCCUUCGAUUGGUAACGAAGUUCUGAAAUCCGUUGUUGCGCAAUUCAACGCUGAUCAACUUCUUACUGAACGUCCACAGGUUUCUGCACUUGUCAGGGAGACUCUUGUCCGACGUGCUAGGGAUUUUAACAUCCUUCUCGACGACGUGGCAAUCACACAUUUGUCUUAUGGUGCUGAAUUUUCGCGUGCUGUUGAGCAGAAGCAGGUUGCUCAACAGGAAGCCGAGAGAUCGAAAUUUGUUGUCAUGAAGGCUGAGCAGGAGCGUCGUGCUGCAAUUAUUCGUGCUGAAGGAGAGAGUGAGGCUGCUAAGUUGAUUUCUGAUGCUACUGCUGCUGCUGGGAUGGGGUUGAUUGAAUUGAGGAGGAUUGAAGCUUCCAGGGAAGUUGCUGCAACGCUUGCGAAAUCGCCUAAUGUUAUUUAUCUUCCUGGUGGAAAGAACCUGAUGAUGGCUCUUAAUGCCGCCAGUUGA